UUGAGGGGAAGAUGGGGCUGGUCAGGGGCCGUCCUAGCCCACACCUGCGCUCUUUAGGAGGAAGAGGAAGAGGACGGCAUGUGAUGCGCUGCUUGGACUGACACGGAGGAAGAGGAAGAGGAAGAGAAGCGCAAGCGCCGCUGCAAAGAACCCCGCCAAACAUGGAGACACUGGCGGGAAAUCAUCGCCACAGCACGUGAACGCGGACAAACAUGAGCGAAGACACGCGCCCAGACGAUGACAGUUACCUGGCGCGUGUCAAAGCAGUGGUGAUGACGAGAGACGACUCGAGCGGCGGCUGGUUGGCACAAGAUGGCGGCCUGAGCAGAGUGGGCGUGUGCAGGCUGGCGGCGGCCGGCGUCUUCCUGAUCCACGGAGAACGACUCCGAGACAAGCAGGUGAUCCUGGAGUGUUUCCUGAAGAAGGAUCUGCUCUACACCAAGGCCACGCCCACAUUCCACCACUGGAGGGUGGACAACAGGAAGUGCGGUCUGACCUUCCAAAGUCCGGCUGACGCGCGAGCCUUCGCCCGCGGCGUGAGGAAGGCCUUGGAGGAGCUGACGGAAGGCUCCACCACUUCCUCGUCCACGCUGCAGAACGAGGCCGAGCUCGGCGACGACGACGUUUUCACGACCGCCACAGACAGUUCGUCCAACUCGUCUCAGAGGAGGGACCCCGUCAGACACACGCUGGCGCCGCUUGCCUUCUGCGAGCACCGCCGCCACCAUUGCAUCCUGGGACAUUUCUACGGGCACCACCGGCUCUCCGACCACUACUUCCUGGACCAGGCGGUGCACGUGUUCCCUCGCCACGGCAGCUUCCAGUUUGAGGAGGAGCUGGUACGCAUCAACCCUGCAGAGUGGGCCUGGCUCAGCGGCUACGAGGACUACCGUCACGCCGCCGCACCAGACAAACUAUCGGCGGACGCUUACGUGCACUCGGCCAAGAGCGAGGCGCCGAAGCGGGACUACACCUACCCGUACCCGCUGGCCUGCGGCAAACCCGCCCGCCGGGACCGAAAGGCGGCGGUGACGGCGCAGCCUCAGGCCAAACGCAGGAAGGGCGGCGAGCUGCGCUGCGUGUACUGUCAGGACAUGUUCCGCUACGAGGACAACGGGCGCGGCCGCUGCCGGGAGGCGCCCGACGCCGUGCACGCGCUCAUCCGGCGGGUCAGCUUCAUGUGGUGCGCCGACAGCCUGCUCUACCACUGCAUGUCCGACCCCGAGGGCGACUACUCGGACCCGUGCUCCUGUGACGGCGCCGACGAGCACUUCUGCUUACGCUGGAGCGCACUCCUGGCGCUGUCGCUGCUGGCGCCGUGCAUGUGCUGCUACGCGCCGCUCACCGCUUGCCAUCGCUGCGGCGUGGCUUGCCGCUGCUGCGGCGGCAGACACAAAGCCGCCGGCUGAGGCCCCGCCACUCUCGUCUCACGUCUCUGUGCUCUACGUCGUCGUUCCAUUCUCGCUUGGAGGUUGCUCUGUUUGUGUGUCCGCCGCCAAGGGAGCGUCUUUUUACGCCGUUAGCCUAGCAUAGCAUUUCCAUCCAUCCAUUUUUUACCGCUUGUCCCUUUUGGGGUCGCGGGGGGUGCUGGAGCCUAUCCCAGCUGCAUUCGGGCGGAAGGCGGGGUACACCCUGGACAAGUCGCCACCUCAUCGCAGGGCCUAGUGGCCAUUUCAAAAUACAACAUCUUGCCACGGACACGCCCUUAAAUCUCCCGCAAUCAGAGCCAAGCAGCAGUUGUUGCUGCCCUCUGCUGGUCAUAAAAGAGAUGCAGUUUGGUGUCCACUUGCACGCCGUCACAAAGUCGGUGGACCGUCCUGAGAAAUGCUUUGAUAAUCUAAAAAAAUAUAGCGCAGAUUUGACAGGUAAAAACUGGCAGCUCAGCAGCACAAUUUUACUGUAAGAAUAGCAGUUGUGAAUAUUUUAUGUUGCCAGAAUUUUACCAUAAAAAUAACAGUGGUGUCGUUUGGAGAUUCUUUUUUUUUUUUUGCCCGAAUUUUGCCGUAAAAAAUAACAGUUUAAUUGUUUUUACAUUUUCAAAUGUUUUGGUGAAAAUGUUAUCAUAAAAACAACAGUGGUAUUGUUUUUAAAUUCUUAAUUUGUUUGCCAGAAUUUUACAGUAAAAAUAACAGUUGUAAUUUUUUCCCGUUUUGUUUGUUUUUGUUGCCGUUUUUCUGUGAAUUUUUUUUGUAGCCAAAAUUUGACCGUAAAAUUAACAGUGGUAUCAUUUGUAAAAAAAUUUGGUCAAAAUGUUAUCGUAAAAAUAACAGUGGUAUUGUUUUCAAAUUCUUUAUUUUUUCGCCUGAAUUUUACAGUAAAAAUAACAGUGGUAUUGUUUUUACAUUUUCUGGUUGGAAUUGUAUGGUACAAAUAAGAGUUGGUAUCGUU